CUAGAUAGUCCAAACACUCACUGACUCCCACCUUCUUUUACUAUAAACUCCGAUUCUCUCCCCGCCGGAAUCUCAAGAAAACCACCGUACAAUGGCGGCGCGUUUACUCCUCUCUCUAACUCUCCUCCUCCUUCUCCCGCCUCCCACUCUCUCCGCCACCAUUGCCCCGGCUAAACCGCCCUCUGCGGCUCCCAAACCGCCGCAUUCCUCUGCUCCGACCGCCCCUUCACCGAAAUCCUCUCCUUCUCCGGCGGCGAUUUCCUCUUCCACUCUCGACCCAAAGCAGCUAAGAGCUCUGCAAUCUUUGAGUAUUCCCACCUCCAAAGAUCCCUGCUCGCCCCUCCACAACUCCACCACCGUCUGCGACGGCGCCACGCCCUUCCGCCACCUCGUCUCCCUCAAGAUCGCCAAUUGCUCCGACGACGUCGCAUUGUCGCUUACCGCCCUCAAAUCGUUGUCUACUUUGAAGGAUUUGGAGUUUCUCGACUGCCCCAUUUCCCCAAUCCGCUUCCCCGCCGAGCUGGCGGCGAAUCUCCGCUCAUUCACCGCCGUUAACAGCCUCAAGAAGCUCACCGGAGUCUGGCUUAGCCGCCUCCAAAAUCUAACCGACUUAACGGUCUCCCACGUCUCCAUAACCGCCUCCGGCCCUUCCAUUAUCCUUAAUAGCAUCAAAAACCUCAGAACCGUCACCGUUUCUCACGCGAAUCUCACGGGAUUUCUCCCCAAACAUUGGCACCCGAAUCUCUCCUAUGUCGAUCUAUCCGGAAAUAAGCUCAAAGGAAAAAUCCCCCCAAUGCUAACCGAGCUGGAAAAUCUUGUUUUCUUAAAUCUUUCCUCCAAUUCACUAAAUGGCUCAAUCCCCACUACUUUUGGGGACUUAACAUCCCUAAAAAACGUAUCUUUAUCUUCAAAUUCUCUCUCAGGACCCAUCCCGGAUUCAUUAGCCGCCAUUCCCGAGCUUAUUCAUCUCGAUCUAGGCUCUAAUCAGCUCAACGGGACAAUCCCCAAAUUCAUCUCAGAUAUGAAGGCUCUCAAGUACUUAAACCUCGAAAAAAACAACUUCAAAGGGGUUUUGCCCUUCAACGCCUCGUUCAUCAAGAAACUAGCCGUUCUCAAGAUCGGCGAAAACUCAAAUCUUUGCUACAACCACUCUACAUUGUCUUCGAAGCUCAAGCUCGGGAUUGCGCCCUGCGAUAAGCACGGCUUGCCUAUGUCGCCGCCGGCGUCUUCCGGCGCCAUUGCCAGCGACAGCAGCGACGAGGAUUACGAGGAUGACGACGAUGAACCCAGGCACCAUAGCCAUGGCCCAAGUAAGGUUGUUCUUGGCAUUGCAAUUACGCUGUCGUUGAUCGUUUUCCUCAUUAUUUUCCUAGUUCUGUUGUCCAAAUGCUGUAAAUGAGGUAAAUUAAUCGCUUAUUUUGUUUAGAUUAGGAAAAUUUUUCUUUAUUGCCACUAAGAUAUGUUCAAUUGAUUAUUAUUAUUAUACAUUCAAAUCUUUGAGAAGAGAGGAGAUUGAUACAAAGCAGUAAUUUUUCCUCAGAGAGAGAGAGAGAGAGAGCAAUUUCUGCUUGAAAUAUUGGAAAUGAUUGUUUUAUUUUACUGGAAAUAUAUUAUAUCUUUUGCUUAA